AUGCUGCCAUACCCUCAUCCACUCCAGGCGCACGCCUUCUACCAGCAGCCACUCCCGCAGCAGCAACCACAGCCCCCAGUGUACAAUCCGUACCUCCACCAUGCACAUCCCGUUGAGGAGCAUUACCUGAGCUAUCCCGGCCCCGAGUACGCAGACUUCAGAUAUCCGCAUGGAGCCUAUUAUGAAGAGCUUGAGGAUGUCGGAGAAGUGUCAACGCGCCCGCGGUUGACCAAAGAGCAAGUCGAGGUCCUCGAAGCCGAGUUCCAGGCCAACCACAAGCCGAGCAGCAUGCAGAAACGGCAGCUGGCCAGACAGACCAUGCUGUCUCUGCCCAGAGUUGCGAAUUGGUUUCAGAACCGAAGAGCCAAGGCAAAGCAGCAGAAGAAGCUCGAAGAAUACGAGAAUAGCCAGGCUCAAGAGGCUCCUCAAACCGCCAAUUCUGAUGACGAGGAGGAUUCACAAGAACCUCUGAAGACCGAGACUGGGACCGAAAACAGCUCUCAUGACUCGCCUCCCAGUAGCGAUGCUCGACCUUCGACAUCUCCCGGCUCAGCUGCCUCGCAAGAUGCUGAUCUCCUGCGCCAGAGCCGACUGGCCAGCUACGCAUCGCUUGACCGCCUCCUAGCCAAGCAAACCGCACAGCAUCAACCACAAGCUGGACCCACUCCUGCCGUACAGGGUAUCGAAGCCGUGACCGAAACACCAGUCAAUGUGGAUGCUCAUCGACGGUCUAUGUCGACCGCCUCACGCCCACAGGUGGCACAGUGGUCACGCAAACCCGAGCUGAUGGAAGCCUGGUCGGAACACCCUCAGCAUUUCCAAGACACCAGUUUCGACUUUGGCUUCUCUGCUCAUGAUUCGUCGGCUGCUCCUCAACACCAUGCCAAUGCGGGCACGUUGAUGCAGGAUGGUACUUUCAACAGCGCAAUGCUACCACCGGAUUCUUGGCCUCCGUUAAUGGCUAUGCCUCCACCGGCUCUCCAAGACCACACAACGGCUCAUGACGGCUUACACUCGCCCGUCCUAUCUCUACCAGCGUAUCCUGACUCGCGUCGCGGGUCCGGUACUGAAUCUUUAGCGGCCAACUUCGGCUCCUUCGCUCUUGGCACACCGGUACAAGAAGUGCCUGGAGCGAUCGAGUUCUCACAGUCAAGACAGCCAGAGGCGCAACUUGACCUAGCGGCUCGUCGUAAGCGGCCCAGACCUGCUGCUCUUACAUCGGCCUCACUCAGGAGCCGCUCGUACGGUGCAUUGACAGCGACCUCACCAACUGUGCGCUCGGGCUUCACUCCUCCAGCCCACGCUGUACGCCACGUGAAGUCGACAGGACACAGCCUCAAUGCUCAUUACGCUGGCAUCCGCAAACCAAGCUCGGCUCAAAGAUCACCGUUGAAUGUGAGCACGUUCGCAGAUGCAGAAUCUUUCAAGAAUCUUUUGGCACAACACGCAGGUGAAACCACACCUCUCACCUCAACGACAACCGUCGGUAGCUCGACUCCAGUAGCCUCGACCCCGGGCUUGACAAUCAAUACACAGGUUACUGACAAUGUCGCGGCCUGGAAAGCAGAGCUGGCACGUGGUUACCAGCUGGCUGCGUCACAGCACCUGACUCUAUCCACUUCAUCGCCACCAUCCACCCCCUUUGCACCGGACUAUAAUGCCCAUGGGCAUUUCUCUGUGCCACCUGUGUCGGCACCACCACAGUACGCUCACUUUGCGGAUAAUACGCCACCGUACUCAGCUGGUCCCAUGACCAACAGCAGCUGGCCCGAUGCUCCAUUGACGAGUCCUGAUGCUCCGAACUUCCCUGCCAACUAUCUACCACCUCUUCCGACCAUGAACUUGAAUGGCGAUGGUACUAUGCACAGCUAUCCAAACUUUGUCUUGCCAUCGGAGGGGAAGACAGGUUAUGAGGGCGGUGACCAUGUUCCCGAGACCAAGCCGACCGAAUUCUACAUCCAAGAGUUCCCGAACCAGAGAGAGGAGCACGCGCACAUUGCGCAGAAGCUACCAGCGAACAAGCCCAAAAACUACGUGUUUGCGAACACGGCCCCGGGCGACUACGACCAAUCUUGA